CUUCGUCCAAAGGACUAUAUCUGCCGUGAUUCGCACAACGAAUGCGAUCUGCCAGAAUAUUGUGAUGGUGAAAUUGGUCACUGCCCAGCUGAUGUGUUUAGGAAGAAUGGAUCACCGUGUGGACAUACUAAAGCAGGAACAUCGGGUUACUGCUUUCAAGGUGACUGUCCCACCUUGAAUCUGCAAUGCGAAGCCAUCUGGGGCUAUGGUGGCUCGGCGGCCGAUCGGCAAUGCUAUGAGCAAUUCAAUUCAAAGGGUUCAAUCAAUGGCCAUUGUGGGCGUGACGCAAAUGAACAUUACAUCAAAUGCGAGCCAGAAAAUGUUCAAUGUGGCACUCUGCAAUGCAAGGAGGGCGAACGGCAGCCGGUCAAUGAUGGCAUUGAUCAACUUUAUUCGAAUACGAUAAUCUCAAUAAAAGGAUUGGAGUAUGAAUGCAAAGCCACCAGCGGUCAAGUGGGCACCAAUGAAUAUCCAGAACAUGGCUUGGUGAAGGAUGGUACGCCAUGCGGUAAAGAUUUGAUUUGUCUGAAUCAGACUUGCGUCAGCAUUUUUCCACACAUCGAUCAAACAAAAUGUCCGACAAAUAAACAAGGCCAAGAGUGUUCAGAACGCGGAGUCUGUACGAAUACGAAUCGCUGCUUUUGCGACAUGGGCUGGGGCGGCAUCGAUUGUAGCCUUGUAGUUUUAUUGACCACACCACUGCCAACGGAAGCGCUGCCAACCGCGGAGAACACUAUCAAAAUGGAGAAGAAGGAGACGCCAUAUGGUAAGAGGAUUAUGUGUAGAAUUGUUUGGUAACUAUUGCGCUCACAGAGUUGC